UGCUCUCUCUCUCUCUCUCUCUCUCUCACUCCCUUUCCCGUCUCUGUGGUUUGUAAGGUAGGUUGCAGUGUGUGUAUAUACACAACAUCAAGAGCAGGAAAAUGGACUCAUUAGGGAGGCAGGCAGUCAUUACCACUCACACUGUACUUCCAGGGAGACAGCGACUAUGAGGAGACAAACUGAGGACUGGGGAACAAGCAGCAUAAAAGAGAAGUGUUAGGAGCUGCUCUUAACCCUUUGGAGUCGGAAGAGAAAAGGGAACUAGAGGGCUUGACUUCUCCUUUACUUCCUGCAUUUACUCUGACCACAGUCCCUCCCUGUUCUCACAAGUGGAGCUCAGCCCUGCGUCCCUUUCUGUUGAUUCCCAGUCAGCUACAUGACUGCCUGAAGUUAAAUUUUAGAUGCUGAAAUCACUGCACCUUAAAAACAAAAAGAUUAAGCUGCACUGCAUUCCUCAGUGGCUGGCACUUUUCCUCUACGUUGCAAGAGGGAGAGAAUUGGUUGGAAUUGCUUUCCAUAUAGCCGACUUGAAAUGCAGCAUUGAAAAGAUCCUUGACGAUCAGUUUGUGCUCUUCUCCUGAAGGAACCUUUUCUGUGUCUCAUAUGAGGAAACUGAGGCACAGCAAGUUUUGAGUGACUUGUCUAAAUUCACACAGGAAAUCAUUGGCAGAGCCGGGAAGAUAACUUGGGAAUCCUGGAUCACAGGCCCAUGCUCUAACCACUAGGCUACGCUGCCUCUCCAAAUUACAGACACAGCCUCUCUCUGUCCCCUGCCCCAAUGAAUGUCUGCACUAGGGCCAAGGCUUGGAGUGAUUUACCUGAAGAGUGACACCAUUUGGAAACCACUGAAGAAACCCAAGACAGCUGAAAACCAGAAGGCGUCUGAGGAGAAUGAGAUUACUCAGACGGGUGCAUGCAGCGCCAAGCCAGGCCUUCCCUGCCUGAACCUUGAAGCUGUUCCGCCUCUGAGCCCAGCCCUCACCCACUCAUCACAGUCACCAACAAACCUGCCCGCACACACAGGGUCAUCUGAUUGUAACAUCAGUUGCAAGGGGAUGACAGAGCGCAUUCACAGCAUCAACCUUCACAACUUCAGCAAUUCUGUGCUCGAGACCCUCAACGAGCAGCGCAACCGUGGCCACUUCUGUGACGUGACGGUCCGCAUCCACGGGAGCAUGCUACGCGCCCACCGCUGCGUGCUGGCGGCUGGCAGCCCCUUCUUCCAGGACAAGCUGCUGCUGGGGUACAGCGACAUCGAGAUCCCCUCAGUGGUGUCAGUCCAGUCCGUGCAAAAGCUCAUUGACUUCAUGUACAGUGGGGUGCUGCGGGUCUCACAGUCAGAGGCCCUGCAGAUCCUCACAGCUGCCAGCAUCCUGCAGAUCAAGACUGUGAUUGACGAAUGCACAAGGAUCGUCUCGCAGAAUGUGGGGGAGGUCUACCCAGUGAUUCAGGACUCUGGGCAGGAGACGCCCAGGGGGACCCCCGAAUCGGGCACCUCAGGGCAGAGCAGCGACACAGAGUCUGGCUACUUGCAGAGCCACUCACAGCACAGUGUGGACAGGAUCUACUCGGCUCUCUAUGCCUGUUCCAUGCAGAAUGGCAGUGGGGAGCGCUCCUUCUACAGCGGAGCAGUGGUCAGCCACCAUGAAACAGCCCUGGGGCUCCCCAGAGACCAUCACAUGGAAGACCCCAGCUGGAUUACACGGAUCCACGAGCGCUCACAGCAGAUGGAGCGGUACCUCUCCACCACUCCAGAGACCACACACUGCCGCAAGCAACCACGCCCGGUCCGGAUCCAGACCCUGGUGGGCAACAUCCACAUCAAACAGGAGAUGGAGGAUGACUAUGACUACUAUGGCCAGCAGAGGGUGCAGAUCCUGGAGCGUAAUGAGUCUGAGGAAUGCACUGAGGACACUGACCAAGCAGAAGGCACUGAGAGUGAGCCCAAGGGGGAGAGUUUUGACUCUGGAGUCAGUUCCUCCAUUGGGACUGAGCCUGAUUCCAUGGAGCAGCAGUUCAUGGCUAACCUGGGCCGAGAGGGUCAGCAGGAACCUUCCCAAGCAGAGCAAAAUGAAGUCCCUGCUGAAGGCACACAGACCCAGCCGCAACACCUAGAUGCCAACACUUCCUCGCCAGACAGAAGCAAUGACAUUGAAAUGGACAGCAAAGUGCUCACUGUCAGUAACAACAGCGAAAAGGGGGCCUUGCAGCCUUCUGUCAACACAACAGUUGCCCAACCAUUGCCAAGCACCCAGCUCUACUUACGCCAGACAGAAACCCUCACCAGCAAUCUGAGGAUGCCGCUGACCCUGACCAGCAACACACAGGUCAUUGGCACAGCUGGCAACACCUACCUGCCCGCCCUCUUUACCACACAGUCUGCUGGCAGUGGACCUAAACCUUUCCUUUUCAGCCUGCCCCAGCCCUUAGCUGGCCAACAGACACAGUUUGUGACAGUGACCCAACCUGGCCUGUCAACCUUUACUGCCCAGCUGCCAGCCCCACAGCCCUUGGCCCCAUCUGCGGGCCACAGCACAGCAGGUGGACAGGGUGAAAAAAAGCCUUACGAGUGCACUCUCUGCAACAAGACUUUCACCGCCAAACAGAACUAUGUCAAGCACAUGUUUGUACACACAGGUGAGAAGCCCCACCAGUGCAGCAUCUGUUGGCGCUCCUUCUCCUUAAAGGAUUACCUAAUCAAACACAUGGUGACGCACACCGGCGUGAGGGCCUACCAGUGCAGCAUCUGCAACAAGCGCUUCACCCAGAAGAGCUCCCUCAACGUGCACAUGCGCCUCCACCGUGGGGAGAAGUCCUAUGAGUGCUACAUCUGCAAGAAGAAGUUCUCCCACAAGACCCUUCUGGAGAGGCAUGUGGCUCUGCACAGUGCCACUAACGGCACGACCGGCGCAGCAGGCACCGGCACCAGGGCUGUCCCUGCCGGGGUGGUGGCCUGCACGGAGGGGACCACGUACGUCUGCUCUGUCUGUCCAGCUAAGUUUGACCAAAUCGAGCAUUUCAACGACCACAUGAGGAUGCAUGUGUCAGACGGAUAAGUAGAAUCUCUGUCUCUUUGUUAUGAACAAAAAAAAAAAAAAUAGAAACAACAACAAAAAAGCUAUGGCACUAGAAUUUAAGAAAUGUUUUUGUUUCCUUUUUAUCUUUUUCUUUCUUCCUUUUUUUCCUUUAUUUUUAGUUUCGUUGUUUUUGUACUACAUGAAGAACUGUUUUUUGCCUGCUGGUACAUUACAUUUCCGGAGGCUGGGUGAAUAAUAGUUUUCCCGACCUCCCUUGGAUGGUGGCCUUAA